CAUUCCUCUCGCGUACAUACCUAGGUAUCUCUUAUCCACGAGGACCACGGUCACCGUCUCCGCCUCUGCUGCCCCUCAAGCACAGAGUGGAAUAUAGCAAAGCACUGCAGCAGUAAGACGGGCCGCUCUCGGACUACCUCGAGAUGGCCUCCAUCCGGGAAGGCGUCAAUCCCCUGCGCCCGUACUACAUCCCGCCCACCAUCGGAGACCAGGUUGAGGCGCUGCCUUCGCGACCGAAUCCCUUCUCCCACUCGAUUGCGACGGCGCCGACGUCCACCCCCAAUAAGUAUGCGUCGAGGGCGCGCGACAUCUUCUCCGACAUAGACUACAAGGACCACCUCGACGACAUAUCCCCCAGCACCAUCCACUCCGUCAAGCAGUUCGUCGACGAGCUGCUAUGGAAGUACACCUCCGUCUUGAUGGCCCAGCCCUUCGAGGCGGCCAAGACGAUCCUGCAAGUCCGCAACCAGGACGACAUGGGUGGUUUGGAGGCCCCUCCAGAGAAACCCCCGCGCGCGAGCCCGAGCCUCGUCGCCCCUAAGCACUCCAUAUUCGACCAAUAUCCCGACUCCGACUCUGACCCGGAAGAGUCGGCCUUCUUUGGUGCAAGUACCCCGUACACGCCCACGCCCUCCUCGCGAUCGGGCACCCGACGGGGAUCGUCGCCGGCGGUCUCGCCAACGCGAAAAGUACCUGACAAAGCCGUCCUCCCCCCGCACCAGCUCCUUCUCCGCCGGCCCGACUCGAUAUUCGACGUGAUCUCCCAGCUUUGGGCGAAGGAGUCGGUUUGGGGGGUCUGGAAAGGGACCAAUGCUACGUUCCUCUACACGGUGCUACAGUCGCUGCUGGAGAACUGGUCGCGCAGUCUCCUUAGCGCCCUUCUAAACGUCCCCGACUUGGGUCUCAAGGACGACGUCGAUAGGCUGGUUGACAUCGCCUCCCCUUACCCCUGGGCGUCGCUAUGCGUCGCCGCUACGGCCGCCGUCGCGACGGGCCUUAUCCUGGCCCCCCUCGACUUGGUUCGGACACGAUUAAUCGUUACGUCUACCGGGCACGUUCGGCGCCGGACGCUGGCAACACUACGGUCAUUACCUUCGUUGGUCUGCCCCCCGGCGCUGCUGGCGCCCACCAUUCUCAACUCUCUCGUCCACCCCUUCCUCACCUUAUCGACCCCCCUUGUCCUCCGGUCGCAGUUCCUCAUCGACCGCGAGCAGUCCCCCCUGACCUUCUCGGUCGCCAAGUUCUGCGCCUCGUGCGUGUCGUUGUUUGUCAAGCUACCGCUCGAGACCGUCCUCCGUCGCGGCCAAGUCGAGGUGCUAUCGAGGCCGACGUAUCUACAAGCCCUCGACCAGACGGAGAGGCUAGAGAUGGUCGUGCAGCCGGGGCCGUACCGCGGUGUUUUCGGCACCAUGUACGCUAUCGUAGCCGACGAAGGCUCGCGAGCCGUUGCGGCGGUGGGUAAGAUGCCGACGCAAGGUAAGAAGAGGAAGCCGAGCAUAGCGAAGGUCGUGUAUAAGAAGGGCCAAGGGUUCAGGGGGCUUUGGCGAGGUUGGAAGGUGAGCUGGUGGGGUCUGGUGGGCUUAUGGACUGCUGGCGUCGCGGGCGGCGGCGGUGAGGGAGAAUUUUGAGGUGGUUAUGACAUCGCUUCUCUCGUGCAACCAUUUUCCCGUUAUCAUACCUCGAGCCGAGUGGCUGGCGGAAUAGGGGAGAGGAACGGACAGGUGGACGGAGUUCAGGUGCCGAUGCGUUGGGCCCCCCCGGCUUGGGCAGGCAGUAUAUUCCCUACUCAGCGUGAACGUGUAUAUGUCGGUGUGCGGGGGGUGGAGGGAGAAAAAAAAGGAAGAAGAAACGAGAAAAGAAAGCGG